GAAACAAUGCUAUGUUUCAUUGCUGAGGAGUAAACGGCUAAGACUGGCGCUCUCGCUUCCCCUUUUUAGCCCCGCAGUCCACCUUCGAGCGAGCCUGGAAUGGACUACAGCAGUUCUCCGAGCAACUUGGACGCACUUUACGAGAGUCACAGGCGUUUUUAAAUCGUGUGAUCGCUUCUUUUAAACCCCUCCCUUUUCAAGUCAACAGAAUGGCUGAAAAUGAGUCCGGAUCUUCCGGACCACGAAAGACAUUAUUCAUAUUAUUAUUGCUAUUAUAGCCCAAACUGGCUUUUUUUUUCGGAAUAGGUCGCCUAUCCGAAAGGACAAUUUCUUAUCCUAACUUUCCUUGUUGCGGAUAAUGGAUGGCAGAGAUUUCGGAGCUCCACGAUCCGUCCACGUACCCCCCCCUUUGCUGGCGGGGCUCGCCGUGGAGCCUCACCGACUCGGGGCUGCAGGAGCAGCCGGGAGGAUCCCUCCUUCCUCCGGCCACUUGGCCGCGCCUCAUCCGCCGCCCCUCCACUCGGGAAAAUUCUUACCAUCGGCUAUUAACCUCCACGGACACCACAGUGAUGCCUUCCCUACGGGAUCCAAUCCCUUCCUGGCCGGAUAUCCAUGCCCCUCCCCCUUGACCGCCGACCCCCCGUACCGAUCAUCCAAUCCGGGUGGCUUGCCGAUGGCUCAGCUUUGGGCAUCACACGCUCACGAAGGCUUCCCUCUUCCUGGCAGCCUGUACGCAAGUCCCUACCUAUCACUGGGGCACUUGGACCCUUCCUCAAUUCCACAAAAUCCCCUUUAUGACUCCCACAAAGAGAGCUUUUUCCUCCCGGCGGCUGUCAGCCAGGCGCCCCUCCGUCCUCCGUCGGCUCCUCAAAGCACGCCGUCCAGCUCGACGCCGCCUCAGAAGGCGCCCCGAGACGCGGGCCGGGAGAGGGCCUAUCGGGGGGAACGGGACCGAGAGCGGUCGCGAGAGGAGCUGCGAUCGCACAGUGUGGUGGACCUCACGCUGGAUGGCAAGAGCGAGGAAGAUCGGCGGGGGCGCCCCGGGGAUAAGGAGCGAGAGAGGGACACCGAGAGAGAUGGCUGGUCCCUCCAUCCUCACCACCACCACCACCACCACCAACAGAAAUCCAGCUCUCAGCCCUCCCCGCUGGAGCCCAGUUCAAGGCCGUCACCUGCGCUCCCCUCCUUCCCUCCAGGGGGCGCCAUCAGCAGGCUCCUUGGACACGAACAGGACCGAGGGAGUCGCGAAGGGGAGCUCUGCCCGAGGGCCCACCAUCACUCGAACGCGAACUCGAAUAACUCCAACUCGCCGGCAGCCCCUCACCCCGAACGACAAAGGAGGAACGACUCGGCGCCGGGCGGACCGCGCCACUUCUCCUACGCCCUCCCUCCUUCGCUGCAGCCCUCCGUCAGCGCCCUGCCCCUCCCCCACGCGCUCAGAGAGUGCACGAGAGAGCAUCGGGUCAUCGCGCCGACGUACGUGCCUUCCGUGGAGGUUUACGACGAGCGGGUCGGGCCCAUCCAGAUCGCGUCGCAGGCCCGCGACAAGCACGGUGACAAAUGCCGAGAGCGAGAGAAUGAUAAAGAGCCGGAGCGGGAAAGCUACAGGUUUCCUGAGAGGGGCCCGAUCGAACAUCCUCGACUUUCCCAGCCCGGCGACUCGAGCAAUCAUCGAGAGGAAGGUUCCGUCAUUUGUUCCAACGGUUCUGCUGGCAAACGCGGCCAGGAUUCUUCUCACCCUUCCAAUCAAUCGAGGUUUAGCCCCGAAGCCCGGGACAUGUCCAAACCCUCGAGUCGUUCGGGCUUCGAGCGGGCCGGGCCGGACAAAAAUUGGAAUUCCAUCAGUCCUUUGAGCAGCUACGCGACCAAUCACAUGGCCGCCCUCGCCGCCCAACACGGACGCGCGCUCUCGUCUCCGCGCAGUCAGCCGAUUUCCCAUUCCCCGCGCGCGGCCAACCGGCCUGCCGCUAACGCUAGCGCGCGCGGGCAUUCCCCGCAAGCGCACGAGGAGGGGAGUCAGAGACUCUACUUGGACCCGUCGGCCCUUUAUCGACUGGGAGCGUCCGCCGGGUCGGAGAGAGCUUCCGCGCCCUCGGAGGUGUCGGCCAUGCAGAGUCUCAUUAAAUACAGCGGCAAUUUUUCCGCCGAGGGGCCCGCCUCCUCCUCCAGGCUGGCGGCGGACACCCGAGGGCCUUUCGGAGGUUUGGCCAGCAUCGGCGGGAUGGUGGGCGAUCGAGACCGAGAGAGGUCGGUUGUGGGCUCGAGUGCUUCGGGGUCAUUGAGGGUGCCCCCCCAGCUGAAAAGGGAACAGGAUCGACCCGACAGCGCCCGCUCCUUUGGUCGAGAGAUUGAGGGCGAGGUGCGCCACCCUCCGGUUGGCAUCGCCGUCGCCGUGGCCCGCCAAAGGGAGAGCACCGGCAGUAAGCAGACCAGCGGAUCCUCAGACUCCCAGAGGCCCCUGCUGCCAACGGCUAUUAAAGAUGAAGAACGAGGUGAAGAGCGCUCGCGUCGUCAUGAAGACCGAAUGCUCGCCGGCCGGUUGGAACGUGAUGACAAAAUGCUCAGAGACCCCAAAGAGCUGUCCGACUUCACCCAGUUGCACGCUCCGCUGCUUUCAAGCAGCUUGACGCCCAGUAUGAUGACAACCAGCCUCAUGACCCCCAACCUUAUGGUGACUGGAGGGGCGGGGCGAUGGCAUCCCGACCCAUCAACUCUGACCUCUCACCCCUGGCUGCCUCGCCCUGGCGCUCCUCCGGUUUGGCUCUCCAGCUCCCCAUACAGCUUGAGCUCUUCCUCCCUUCACCAGACGCUUCCCCCAGGCUACCCGCCGCCCCUACCAGGCUCCAUACCGCCUCCGUACCAGUUUGUCAGAGACUCACAGACUGGGAAGCUUAUCGUCAUCCCGACAGAACACUUGCCGCACUAUGGAGGAGACGUCUUGGAGCGCGGGAGCGCCGUGUGGCCGGGGAUGUACGGUACGGGCGCCUCCCUGCAGCACGCGGCCCAGCUCCAGCUCCUCUCCCAGCAGCAGAUGCUUCGGCAACAGGAGCUACUCAUGAUCCAGCAGCACACGGCGCAGGUUCUGGAGAUGCAGAGGAACGCGCAGCUUGUCGAGCAUUUCAAGGCCAGCGAGCGCCGGGCAGAGACGGACGACAAAGCGGACAAGCCGAACGCCGAAGGCAAACUCAGACCGUUGUCCAGAUCUUCCCCGUCUCCUUCGCCCGCGCCGCAGCCCCGCCGGGCGUCCCCCCCGCCGCCUCGCUCGCCGACGCCGUCGACGUCCUCCCUCACCCCGCUUCAGCUUCCGCUGCCGCCCUCACCGGUGACCCGCCUCAAGUCGGAAGACGGGCGGCAGAGGGUGUCGUCUCACCCGCCCGCGCCGCUGCCGCACGCGCCCUCCCCGUGUUCGGCCUCGCCGCCUCCGUCGUCUCCGCGGCUGCCGAAAGACGAGUCUGUGGAUGGCGGGCGGGUGGAAAGGGGGGAGCGGAGAGAUGGACAUAAGCCUGCUUUUCAAGGCAUCUAUUCGGAGCUCUCACCCGACUACCCCUACCAGUCGAUCACGACCUCUUUUGGCGCGCCUGUCCCAACUUAUCAUGUGCCAGCAGCGCACACCAAAGCAAACCCGGAAGCUGUCGCACGGCGCCACUCGCACGCUUUGGACUUGAGUCCCUCCUCGCCCUCGGCCCACCUCCGAUCGAGGCCGUCGGAUGGCGACCAACUCAAACCACCAAAAAUGACAACAAAAAUGGAGUCCUUCCCCACACAGGAACCCGUUGCGGGAAAGCAUCGGUUCGAUUCGACGCCGCAAGCGCCGAUUCCUCACCGGCGUAGUUGCAGUCCCGUGGGAACGCAGCGGGACGAAGCGGGCCCGUUGAAGCUGCGGCCGAUGGCUGCGCAGGUCACUCGUCCCGCGCCGCGGCGGAGCCCGAGAGCGGAUGAUGUCGGGCCGGAAACGAAAGAAGAACAAAUCGAAACAGAGAUGCGGUCAUAUCAACGUCACGACGCGUAUUCGUCCCCGCCGGACGCGAGUGAGCCUGAAGCGGCGGCGUACGAGGAUCCCGAGCGGAUGCGCUACGCCUCGUCCGCAGCGGAUCUGGAUGGUCAAGAAUCCACUCAGCCGGGCGCCAGUUUUCAACGCGAAUCCCAUCGAGCGACGACGCCAGAGCGACACGUCCCAAGUCACAAGGAAAGCGUCGGCCGAAUCCCCGCCUCCUCCGAGUCGCCGCCCCCCGCGGUCCUCGGGUCCGAAGAUCCCAUGGCGGGGAUGCUAGCUCUGCUCGCAGCCAGCGAGAUGUCUCAGCCGCACCCCCUCGGCCAGUCGGCGCCGACGCUCGCCGAAAACGCCGCCGGUCCGCUGGAGAUGGUGGCGCUGGAGGGCAUGGCCCUGCUCAGCCAAAUGGCCCAGCGGGAAAUGGAGAACAUCGGCAUGGAGCAGGAUUUAGCAAUCGAGGGUUGGGACUACCUUCUGGAGGCGAGCAAACAGAUUCUGCUGGAGGCCAUCGAGGAACAGUCGCACGUUGAUCUGCCCAGAAGGCUCCAUCCCAACAGAAAGUACAGCUGGAGGCAGAGGAAGGAGGAGCCGCUUUAUAGUAAAAUGUCGAUGGACGUGUUGGAUGCGGUGGAGGUGGAAUACCGCAUUCGCUUGGCCGAGCUGCAGAAGACGUACAAGGAGAAACAGAGAGAGAUGAGCAAGCUGCAGAGACGCAGGGACAAGCACGAACGGCGGCAGCAGCAGGAAGACGAGAGGCGGAGUCUGGCUCGGCGGGGCAGAGGUCGACCCAGGAAGAGAAAACACUUGGCCACGCCUCCCAAAAUGGACAGCAGGCCCGCAAAGGUGGGAAGGUCACUGCAAUACUCGGAGGACUCGGAAACUGGGGAAGGACACAGAAAGAGGUUCCUGGUGUCUAGAGAAGACGAGGAAGGCGAGAUGGGGACUUUAGGGGUCAAGAUAAAAAAGAAGAAAAAGAGCAAGGGCCGGAAAGAGCAAGACGCAUCCGGCAGCCACGUUCCCGAGGGGCCAAAGGUGAAACGCAGCCACGUGUGCGAGCAGGAGCAGCUGGCCUCCGACCUGGACAGAGCCCUCUCGCUCUCGCGGCUGGACACCGCCGGCGCGUCUCGUAAACUAGCUUCGGGCUCGAAAGGAGAGCGGCCCAGGGGCAAGUCCGCCGACGGCCGGCCCAAGGAGCCGAGUGUCCGCUCGGCGUCGAAAAGCGGACAAAAGGCGGCCGCCAAGGCUUCGGAGGUGCUGCGGAAGGUGAAAGGUCAGAAGAAGAGUGCUUUUUUCUCCCCCGUGAGAUCGGAGCUCAGCAGCUGCUCUAACAACUCUGAUUCCGAGGGUCACGGUUCUGCAAAAGGGAGCUGGCCCUCUCUCUCAGGAACGCGUCCCCACGGCAACCCGGCCCGAAAGAGGCACGCCGCAUCGUCGCCGUCCUCCGCGCUGUCCGGCGCUCGGUCGCAAAAGAAGAAGAAAAAGAAGAAACGCAAGCACUUAUCUCUGCUGCUUGAGGAGGCGGGCCUGAGCUCCUCCGACGACUCGUUCGAUCAAGAAUCUUCAGAGGAUGAUUACGAGGACGAGUACGAGGAGGAUUCCGAUUCGGAAGAAGGCGACUGCGAAGAGAGCGGCCUGGGUUUGUUGGCCAGGUUUGCGGCGAGCGCUCUCCCGGUUAGCUCUGUCGCUUUGAGCCUCCUCCCCGACGGCAAACAUCACAGCCGCCGAGCAUUCUGGUGUGUCUUGCCGCCGUCAGGCUCAUCAGAGUGCGAGUGGUCCGACUCCGGUUCCGACUUGCGCAUGAGGAAGUUCCCCUCUCUGCUGCACGGCAAACGCUCCGCGCCGGAACUCCCCUUGUUGCCGCCGGCGACCCGCCGCAUCGAGCAGAGCAGCCCGAGCAAGCGCGACGAAACGCUGCCCGUCAAACGCAAGCCUCUACCGAUCAAACGGCGCCGACCGUUGCCUCGGCCUCAGCGGCGCUUCAGUUUCGAUCUGCCGACGGCUUCCGGCUUGGGAGGCUUCAGCGAAGACGAAGCCUGGAACCGGCGACGAAGCGAGAGGAUCUUCCUCCACGACGCCACCCGCCUCGGCCAACCAAAUGUCAUCCGUGUCGGCGUCAGUCAGAGCUCCUCCUCCUCCAACUCAGCCCCGCCUCUCACCCCAAAGCGUUCCAGACCCAAGCAGCCCGCUUCCCACAGAGAGGCCAAAGAUGCUGUGAAAAAAAAGAAGACGAAGGAGUCCUCUCUGUCCGUGAGCCUGUCCUCCCUGGCUAGUCCAAUAAGAGACGGCGGCCCCGCGGCUCUGAGCCUCAGCCCGGCGCGGAAGAGCCAAUCGAAAGCAAAGACCAAGACCCGGGAGCAGUCCAGGGGAGCAGUGAGCCGGCUGAUGGAGAGCAUGGCUGCUGAUGAAGACUUUGAGCCCAAUCAGGACAGCAGCUUCAGCGAAGACGAGCUCACCCCGCCGUGCGGCAACGGUGUGCCCGAGAGGUCCUCAACACCCGCUCCAGUGCAGUGUGUGUUGGACAAAGACUCUUUGGCGGACGGGCUACGGGUUUUGAUCCCAAUGGAUGACCAGCUUCUCUACGCAGGGCACGUGCACACCGUGCACUCGCCCGAUAUAUACAGUGUGGUGGUGGAGGGCGAGAGAGGCAACCGGCCGCACAUCUACUGCUUGGAGCAACUGCUGCAGGAGGCCAUCAUUGAUGUGAAGCCUCCUUCGGUGCGCUAUCUCCCCGAGGGCACCCGCAUCGCUGCCUACUGGAGUCAGCAGUACCGCUGCCUUUAUCCUGGCACGGUUGUCAACGGAAGUUCAGACAUGGACGACGACGACGAUCUCAUCACGGUGGAGUUUGACGACGGCGACACGGGACGCAUCCCCCUCUCUCACAUCCGACUUUUGCCUCCGGACUACAAGAUCCACUGCGCCGAGCCUUCCCCUGCGCUCCUGGUGGCCAGUUGCUCUCGCAGGAGGGUGCGCAAAUGCAGCAAGGAGGGCAAAGAGGCCAAGUCCGAUGAAACGGCACCAAAAGUCAAGGGCAAACCCGGCCGCAAGCCGAAACCCAAACCAGAAAUCUUGAACUCCGAUGGCAAAGAGAAAACAGAAUCUCCGUCGUCCAGCCAGCCUCCAGGCAAAUCCCAAGAUUUGACCAAAGUAGCCCAAGAGAGGACUUUGUCAGUCCAGAAAGCGGUCCAGGAGAAGCCUCGGCCUGCCUCGCGGCCCGCAAUGGGUUCGCAAACAAAACCGGGUCACAAGAGCUCCAUCGCGUCCCCUUCGAGUAGUCCGACCUCCGCGGGACCCAGAAAGACCAGCUCGGCUCCGAUCCCAAAAUCGAAAUCCAAAGCCAAGAUCUCUUCUUCAUCCUAUCCUUCCACCUACGGAAAGGUCCUGACUGUGGACCUGUACAGCGAACCCAAUCUGACCUCGUAUAACAGCCAGCGUAGAGAAAGAGAGAACAGCGCCAAUAUCGCUACGUCCAACAGGCCCGUGUCCAGACCCGGCAUGACGGCAAAGCCCAGGUCCGCCUCGACCUCCGCAUCCAAAAGCAAACCCGCCUCGGACCAUCACGGCAACUCCAGACCCCUCGGAUCCGUUCUCCUUCCCAGCCCAGUUCCGAGGCUGUCAGCGGGCAAAUCCGGUUCCUCUCUGGCUACCAGAACUUCAUCGGCCCCGGCGGCUCUCUCCGGUCCCAAAACGAAGCUGUCGUCCGAGCAGUUGGCCUCAAGGCUGAAGCCCGCCUCCAGACAGGGGGACCUCGUCAAGCGGAAGCCCGUGUCCGCCGAGCCCCUGGUGAAGCUCGACCACGAGGGUGUCACCUCGCCCAAAACGAAAAAGACCAAGGCCAUGAUGUUGCUGGAGGGGCAAAAUGGCAGACGGGAUCCGGCCCCCGUGGCCGCGGCCGACCAGAAACUGCUCAAGUCCAAACCAAGAGCUGCGGAGUGCGAGUCUGGACUGCGGGAGAAAGAGGCCACCCACACUGCACACGCGCUGGCCAAGGAGAAAGCGGGGAGCCGCGGUAGAGGACAGGAAGCGGACGCCACGGAGGAGAAAGGCAAAAAACUGGAGCAAAAGGAGCCGGACCGAAGGAAGGACAGGACGAUUAAGGAAGAGUCUCAAAGUAGCAGCAGCAGCAGCAGCUCCGAGUCCGAAGCAGAAAACGGGAAGGGGAGGGGGAAGCCAAAGACGAAAUGCACCUCCAGCUGCUCUUCCUCCUCUUCAUCUUGCUCCGGCUCUUCCUCGUCUUCAUCGUCGUCCUCGUCUUCCUCCUCGUCCUCGUCGUCGACCGACGACUCCUCCUGCAGCUCCGACGAAGAGAGGACCGGCACUCCUCCCCCGGGCCCCGUCUCUCCCUUGCCCGCAGCCAAAGUGGAAGAGGAGCGGCGAGAGGAAGGGCAGAACGCCAAGGAGGAGGCGGAGGUCAAAAUGGAGGAAGAGCAGGCGUCCCCUCGCUCCCGUUCGCCCUCACCUUCGCUCUCAACCUCUCCGACCCCCAGCCCUGCGGCCAAAGCGGCCAAACCGGCCACCGGGAAGGGUUCCGGUCAAAGGGGCCGCCCUCCGAAACCCAAGCCAGGGUUUCCCGGCGGAGGGGAAGGAAAAGUGGGGAGGCCAAAGCGGCGGGAUGGGGUGCACCUCCCCACCACCAAGGAGUUGGCCAAACGCCAACGGCUCCCCAGUGUGGAAAAUAGACCCAAAAUUUCCGCCUUCCUUCCAGCCAGGCAGCUCUGGAAGUGGUUUGGGAAACCCACUCAGAGACGAGGAAUGAAAGGCAAGGCGAAGAAGCUUUUUUACAAGGCCAUCGUGCGCGGCCGGGAGAUGAUCCGCAUCGGCGACUGCGCCGUCUUCCUGUCGGCGGGGAGGCCCAACCUGCCCUUCAUCGGUCGCAUCCAAAGCAUGUGGGAGUCGUGGGGCAGCAACAUGGUGGUCAGGGUCAACUGGUUCUACCAUCCAGAGGAGACCAACCCCGGCAAGAAACUCACCGACAAGAAGAAUUGGGAACAAAUAUGUGGGCAGUCUCUACCAGCGGCUCUGCAUUCUUCUAUUCCGCGAAAAGACUUCAUGGAGCGCGCCCUGUACCAGUCGUCCCACAGCGACGAGAACGACGUGCAGACGGUCAGCCACAAAUGUCUGGUGGUCGGCGUGGAGGAGUACGAGCAGAUGACCCACACGCGUCGCUACGCCGAGAGCGAGGACCUCUACUACCUGGCCGGCACCUACGAGCCCACCACGGGCAUGAUCUUCAACACGGACGGCGUCCCGGUCAUCUGCUAAGCAAAGACAACAAAAUAAACCGCGCACACACACACACAAACUGGCCUGCUUGCGGUUUCUCUGGCGGUCCACCGCAGAGAUUAUUAAAAGGACCCGUCGACGCAGCUCAUGCGCAAACCCUUUUCGACUGACCUUGUACGAACACACCCGUGUAAAUACUCAUGUAACAGGAAGCUCUAUCCGGGCGAAUCCGAGUGUUUGAUUUUCACGUGAUAGCUCCCGUCGAGAAGCUUUUAACGAAACGUGAGCGACGACGCAGGUUGUGAUGUCUGGUGUUGCCGUGGUGAUGUUACAGUCAAUGUCUCAAGUCUUUUUCGAUGUAUCCGGAGAACAGCGGGAGCGACAGAUGCAAAAGGCGCGGAAAGAUAAAGAGGUGGAGACUCCCUUCCAAUUUGCUGAGAGCACUUAGAAGAAUAAAAUCCAACACUCGGGCUCUUUUCACGCAACCCCCCCCCCCCCCCCUCCCCUUGACAAUCGAAACUCCCUCCGACACUCAGGCUCAAGAGAGAGAAGGUAGAGACUCGUAGGACACUUGUUAAAAGCACUUGUCCCUUUUUUCAUCCACCUGAAAAUCCAAAUCCACCCUGAAAUCCAGUUGGGAGGUGCAACAAAAAAUCCGAGCAAUAGAUUUUGUCCACAGUCGAUGAAACUGGGUCAGUUUGCACAAAUCUUCGGAGCUCAGGGUGGACUUUUCGCAUAUUUUUUUUUCCCUCCCGGCUUGCAAACACAUCGUCAACCUGUGUUUGUGUUUUCAAUGUAUGAAUGUAUUUGUUUUUCAUACAGUCAUCCUUUGCCGCUUUUUUUUUUAAAGCACGUUUUCGGUCUCUACGUGGUCACGAGUGCACUUUGAAUAACUUUUGGACCGAGGGUCUUGGUAUUUCUAACUGGGGUUUUUUUUAAAUCAUAGCCCCCUUGACUCUUUUAGUCACGCAGGCAUCACACUCCCUCUCCCCCCCCCCCCCUCUCCCUCGUGCCUAUUUUGACCAUUUUUCGGUUUCAAAUGUUGAAUGUCGUUCUGAAGACUAGCCUAGCCCGGUGACUGUUCUCUCCGAGCCAGCGCUUCCAAUGUUAAUGAUUUUUUGCCAAAUCGUGAAGCUUAACCCCGUCUCGGCGCCAUUUUGUGGGCACCAAAACCGGAAACGGUUCUCCGGAUCCGAUUAAUUCAAAGCGCAAGUUGCGCGCGGACACAAACGUUUAUCUCCUUUUGCCAUUCAUGAGGUUUCAUUUUUACGCUUCCGUUUUCCAAUGAAACAAGUCCUAAGCGGAGGUCCGCAUUUCUUAAAAAAAACAAAAACAUAAGAACGUUUGAUCAUAUGCUGCUAGUUAUAUUCACGUUAGAGGUUUGACAAGGUACGGCGGGACUCAAGAAGCCAGACGACCCGUACGAGAGUGCAGGUCACAAAAAAAAAAUAGUGAACACACAAAUCGACAAGAAGUGCUGGUUCUGAAUGUUUGUUAAAAGCACUUUUCUCCGUUUGUGUGUGAGACGGUGAGAGAGAAGGCUCUCUCUCACACACACACACACGCACACGCACGCAUUUAUUUUGCAACCCAUCUGGAUGUAUUAAGGCCUUCCGGUCUCUCUUGGCCGCACGUCCAUCCAAAGCUCAGCCUUACAGGGUCCAACAUGCACACCCUCAUUCCCCAACGUGUCCUCUUUAUUUUCAUUUGAGAUAUUUUGUAUAAUCAACUAGUAUGUGGUUUAUUUUUUUUUUGGGCUUGCUUUUGCUGUGACUUUUUUGGGGGGAUGUAUAUUAUAUGCACAUGUCUUUUUUAAAAAAAUUUUUAACCCCUCUCUGAACAAUCGUCCACGCCUGCUGACAGGCAAUGGGAGCUAGCUGCUAGAGAGAGAGAGAGAGAGAAUAUGAGAGAGCGAAAGAGAGAGAGAGAGGUGGACUGGAGGCUGGUUCUUCGUCUGCUGUUCCUGAUAUCGUAAAUCGUCCUGUUACAGACAAAGCAGAUUAUUUUGAAAAUGAAUAGAAAAAAUAACUGAUCUACGUUUUGUAAAUGAUCCUUCGCCGUCGAGGGAGAGAGAGAGAGAGAGAGAAAAAAGCUUAUCAGAAUAUACUUUGUACACGUCUAAUCUUGUAAAAAAAUGCAAAAGGAUACAUUUUAAUGCGAAAUCAGAUGCCAGAUAUAUACUGUUGCUCUAUACUGUAUGUGUUAGGAUUUUUUUUUUUUUUUACAGACGACCAUGUUUACCAGUGUUUCUUUUUAAUGGUUUUAGUAACUCAGUAUUUUCUAUAGUUAAUAAACAGAUGGAACUGUA